ACAAGGAAGAAAGAAUCCAAAGCUAAAAAUGUCUGAGACAAGGUCCAAAAAUCUACCACCAUGGGAAGCCCUUGUCAUGGUUGCUCACUACCUUGAUCCUCAAACCUUAGCCCUUGCUUCAUGUGUUUCCAAACCAUGGUGUCAAGCUAUGUCCCUAGAUGUCGUUUGGCAGCCCCUUUGUUCUUCUAGUUUUCCUUCUUUGUCUAAUCUCAAAAUCUCUUAUCCUUCCGUCCCAUAUCAUCGCCUCUAUGCUACUGGCCUCGCCGCCUUCAAACGGCGUCAUAAACCCCCAUCGAAACCACGCCUUUCCAUAGACAACAUUGUCUUCACCAUUCAAUUAUCCACCAAGGGAGUCCCUAUCUUCACUAUAGCAGAAGCCGCAAGCAAAAUGAAUAACAACCAAGUGUUCAAGUUCGAUGUUGACGUAAAGCAUGGCAGUUUUAAGGGGAUUAAAGGUUUGGAAGAGAUGAAAGUGACGUGGAACGUGGUGUUAAAAGGAUGGGAAGCAAUUUUUACAAUGAUGGAUUGGCAAGGAAAGUUGAGUUGUAGGGCGGUGGAAGGGUGGUUCUCGGAGGAGCUUCCUUGCCCAGGGUGUUGCUCCAGCGAAGUGGGAAGUGGGAUUGUUGCAGAUUUGAAGGUGGACAUGAAAGUGGAAAAAGUGAGCGUAGGGAUAUUAAGGGUUGUUGAUUGGAGGUAUGUGAGUAUUGAAGAUGGGCUUAGAUAUUUGCAGCAUUUUCUUUUGCCAUGUCAAUGUGAUGGGAUGUAGUUGACAUUAAAACUAAAUCCAGCUCUCUGUUUCAAUUCAGCAAGCUUUUUGGGUUUUCAGUGAUGAAACAAUUUUAUUUUUAUUUAGGGAA